CAAGCAUGAGAUCUGGCUGAUUUUAAAGUACUGUAUUAAAUGCUAUAACUCACCAAUUAAGAAAAAAGAUUUUAAAAUAUUUUAAAGAAAUUUUUGUCACUUAAUUCCUUUAUCUUUAACAUAGGAAUAAUACCUGCCAGACUCAGAAUUUUUGUGAGUAACAAAUAUGAAUUUAUGUGAAACAUUUUAUAAUUUUCACAAUGGUAUAUAUUAAUGUUAAGUUGUGUGUGCCUAAUUUAUUAAAUUCUGGGUUCAUAUCAAGAUACUGGUAGGUGUGGCAUUUUUUCAUAAGUGUAUGGGCAAAUCAAGACAAAAAAAUUAGGAAUUCAGGCAAAGAAAAUUAACAAGUACAGUGCUAUGGAUGGGAGUGUUGAGGCAAUACUAUGUUUAAAGGAUUGAACACAAUGGGCUGGAUUCUAAAAUAGAGUAAAUUAUGGAAGAGAUUUCAUUUGAUAGAAGGUACAGAUAUAAAUAGAAGACAGACAUUUUCUGAAGGAGGAAGGGCACACAUGAAGGUAAAAGCAUCUACUGAAUCAUAAAGUAAAUUUCCUAGCUGAGCAAAUCCAAACUGUAUUUGACAUGAUGUGAGCUGUCUGGAUCCAAAAAUUUAGGAGAAAAUAAUGGAAGACCUUGUACUACAGAGUAAUUACCACUGAUUUUCCUUUAUUUGGAUGUCACAGGCUUUAAACAGGAAAUAGUCUCCUUGUCUCAUUCUUUCCCUAAAGUGAUAAAGGAAAGAAUAAGGAAGAAAGCAUUUUUAUUAAGUACCUAUUAUGCUAGACACUGCUAAGCACUGGGGAUACAAAAAAGGAAAAACAAGUCUGACUCCAAGGUGCUCGUAAUCUAAUGGGGAAGGCAACAUGCAAACAUUGAUGUCCAUAGAUGUAUAUAUGGUAGUUGGAUGCUAAUCUCAGAGGGAAGACACUUAUUAAGGGGAUUAGGAAAAGCUUUCUGUAGAAGGUGAGCUCUUAGCAGUAACUUGGAAGUUAGGAAAUAGGUGAGGAAAAAGAUUUCACAAUGGGGAAUGGCCAGUAAAAGGGACUGGAAUUGGGAGGUGGAGAGCCUCAUGAUUGCAAUAGCUAAUGGGUUAGAGCCACUGAAUUUUAUAUGAAAAGAUCUGAAAGAUAGAAAGGGGUUAGGUAAUGAAGGGCUUUAAAAACCUUACAUCCUAGUAGAUUUUUUUCUCUCCUUUUUCAGAGGCUAGAAGCAUUUAGACCUGGAAGAAACCUUUGAGAGCACUGAAUCCAGGCACUUUACAAAUGAGUUUAUUGACCCACAGAGAUUUACUGCCUUUCCCAGGAUCACAGAGCUAGAAAGGGAUGAAGACUCCAAAAGGAAAUACAAAGACAACUCUUCCACCUCUUUCCCCUUUCCUUUGUAUUUCUGCCCCUCCCUUCUUCCUCUAUCCUUUUCCUCUCCUUCCUCCACUUCUCUUCCUCCUUUUCUUUCUUCCAUCUUCUUGUCUUCCUCCCUUCUCCUCUACCUUCCUCUUUUUUUUCUCCUUCCUCUCCUAAUAACUUUCUCCCCUCCCCCUCCUCUUCUCUUCCUCCCUUCCUCUACCCCUCUUCUCCCUCUUCAGCUCCUCUUCCCCUCCCCCUUCCUCUCAUUUCUUUCCCCUCCCCUUUUAUCUCCUCCCCCUUCUCCCUUUCCCCUCCCCGCUCUCGUUUCUUUCCCCCCUUCCUCCCAUUUUCCUCUCUUCCUUCUCCCUCUUCUCCUUUUCCUUCCCUUGUUACCUGCCCCUUCCCUCCUCUCCUUCCUCCUCUCGUUACCUUCCCUUCCUCCUCCCUCUUCCCCUCCCCUCCUUUCGUUACCUUCCCUUCCCCUCUCUUCUCUCUUACCCCCUCUCCUUCCUUCUUUUUCUCCCCCUCCCCUUUUUCCCAUCACCCCACAUGCCCCUCGAGUAGCUCGGCGGAAAGGGAGCCCUGGCUGGGCCUGGCCUACGGGCCGGGGGCGGCAGUGGGGGCGCUUCCCCUUUAAGAGGCCGAGGGUCUCCCGGCGCAGGAAGUGGGCCCGCGGCAGGCUUCAGUGAGCACGUGGUCGGCCAUGGAGCUGGGCGCCGACGGCUUUGAGCAGAAGCUGCCCAUGCUGGAGGAGCUCAUCUUGGGCUCGGACUUCUUGGGUUUGGACAUAGAAUUUACAGGCUUGAGGUCCAUCUUUCCAAAAGGCCAGCAAACAAGUCUCUUUGACUCACCAGCAGAGUGGUAUCUAAAGACCAAGCGGAGCAUUCAGCAGUUUACAGUGUGUCAGAUUGGAUUGUCAAUGUUUUCAAGUAUGGGAAGAAAGUCAAACAAGUAUAUAGCCCAUUCAUAUAACUUCUUUCUCUUCCCCACCACACUUGGGAUUAUGGAUUCAGAGUUCUCCUUCCAGGCCUCUAGUAUUCUAUUUUUGAAUCAGUAUGGUUUCGAUUAUAAUAAGUUUCUCAAAAAUGGGAUCCCAUAUAUGAAUGAAGAACAGGAGAAAAAGAUUAAGCAAGACCUUCUAACAGGGAAUUGGAAAGUUCGUAGUACAUUGGACAAAGACCAAAUGAAGGUGGUGAUUGAUGAGGUAACUCGGUGGUUGGAGAUGGCACAAGAAGGCGAUUGGAUGACACUUCCUGAUAUAACUGGGUUCCAGGCUUUUGAGGUACAGUUGGUACUGAGGCAGGCUCUCCCCACAGUUUGGACCCUUAUGAAAGACAGAGGGGUGCUAGUAAAGAAAGUGAGCCGUCAAUACCGCUGGUGUCUGGAGAACUCCUCUCGUGACCAUGACGACUGCAGGAGGGAGAAGAUCCUCCUCUCCGCCCGGGGUUUUGCUGUCUUUUUCCAGAUGCUGGUAAAAGCCAAAAAGCCUUUGGUGGGACAUAAUAUGAUGAUGGAUCUUCUGCAUCUUCAUGAAAAGUUCUACAGACCUCUCCCAGAAUCCUACGAGCAGUUUAAGUUGAACAUCCAUAGCUUGUUUCCUGUCCUCAUAGAUACCAAGAAUGUGACAAAAGAGAUCUGGAAGGAACUCAGUUUCCCAAGAGCUUCAAAUCUUUUGGAGGUUUAUGAAGUCCUAAACAGUGAACUGAAUCCUACCAAGAAUUCUUGUCCAGUAAUCAUCCAUGCAAGCGAGUGUAUCAAAUAUGUUGAGACCAAAUAUCCUCAUGAAGCAGCAUAUGACGCCUUCCUUUGUGGAUCAGUUCUCUUGAAGGUGGCACAUUUACUACUAUAUAGAUCAACUGGUGAUAUAAAACUGGAGCCCACCUUCCCUCAAUAUCUUGAUGUGCUGGCUCCCUAUGUGAACCAGGUGAACCUUAUCCGAGCAUGUAUCUCUAAAAUCAAUUUCUCUGGCCCAGAUUCUCCCAGCAGCCGGCCACCCACCCUUAUCCUCAAAGUCAAGAGAUGGCCCGGAGUAGAUGAAGAACAGAUCUAUUAUGAAUUCAAAGACCUCUGUAAAUUCGAUGUCCGGCGAUUCACCCGGAACCAGUUUUUGCUUAUGACCAACAAGUUCAAGGAUGUCAGAAUUGUGUUGCAAGAAUACAGAUGUCACCCUGACCUGCAAGUGACCCUGUAUCGAUACUGGAGGCAUUCACCUAAUAUCAAUUGUAUUCUACAAAUCUCUGGAAUUGUUACUGCUUGGGCCUUUCUGGCUUUUAUUCUCGGAGGAUCUCCAUCGAAUGUAUAGUGAUGUCUUCAGGAACUUUUGCCUCGUCUCAACUUUGCCCUUGGAAUGCCAGUCUGCAUGAUUUGGCUUUUAAGAGUGUUUUGAGUUGGGCUUGUGAAAUCUUUACCAGGUUUCUUCUACCUCACAUCUCUUGAACAUGUCCUUCUCCAGAGCUCUGGUGCCAUGAAAUUGUGGAUUGAGCAUUGGCUCAAAGGAGAAAAUUCUUUCCAGAAAUAAAUGGGAAGAAAUGUACUCUUGGGACAAAAGCCCAAAUCAUUUUGAUGACUGCAUUUGUCAAGUGAAUUCAUUAAUCAGAUUCCAGGGUGGCUGGUAAAAAUAGAUAAAAGGCUAUGCUAACUUUUUAAAAAAUAUAUACUUUUCAACAUCAUGAGAAGAGUAAAUGACUGAUGGGUUUAGGGUAAUUCUGGUUCUGUUUAAGACUACUUUUCCAAGUAGAUUUAAUAAAGAAAAAGUUUAAUUGGGAAGAAUAA